AUGGUGCACUUCCUGCACCCGGGGCUGCGGCCCCGCACCAUCGUCACCCCGAACGCCUUGGAGGACCCUCCGGGCUGCUACGUGGUCCAGGAGGAAGCAUCUCCCUACUCCUUGGUUGACAUCUGCCUGAUUGUCCUGGCUUCUGACCUGGAGAGGUUCUGUUCUGAAAGACCAGAUGGGACCCUGUGCCUGCACGAGCUGGGGAGUUUCCCCCAGGAAGUAGCUGAUCGCCUACUGCAUAUGAUGACCGUUCAUGGCAAGCUGAAUGAUCGAACCGUGGGCAUUUUUCAAGGCAAUCAAAUGCAGCUGAAGCAAGUAUGCAUCCGGAAGGCCAAGAUUUCCGCAGCAGCUUUCCAGAAAGCCUUCUGCCAUCACCGGAUUAUUGAACUGGACGCUGCCGGUGUGAGCGCAGACCUCACCAUCCCGGAUAUCCUAACUGGCCUUGGCAGCAGUCCGUGGACCCAGAAACACCUUCAGUGCCUCGUGCUGAACUCAGGAACGCUGCCCGUGGAGGAGGCCGGGGGCCCCCGCUUCAGCCAGCUGGCGGGGCUGCGGGUUUUAAGUGUUUCCAAUAUUCCUUUUCAGAACAGGGACCUGGCGGACGUUGCUCUGCUGCCGAGAUUAGAGAGUCUGGACAUUUCUAACACCUCGGUCUCUGACCUUUCUGCACUCCUCGCCUGCAAGCACCGCCUCAAAUCUCUCACCAUGCACUAUCUGAAGUGCUUGACCAUGACCACGGCUCAGAUCCUGGACGUCAUCAGAGAACUGCAGGCCCUGGUUCACCUUGACAUUUCGGAUGACCAGCAGUUCACCUCAGACCUGGCCUUUCAUUUGCUGCAGCAGAAAGACAUCCUGCCCAAUAUCAUGUCGCUAGAUAUCUCGGGGGGCAAACACAUCACCGACGAAGCUGUCGAAGCUUUUGUCCGGCAGCGGCCAGCGAUGCAGUUUGUGGGACUGCUGGCCACGGACGCCGGCUACUCUGACUUCUUUACCUCAGAGCCCGGCUUCAUGGUUGCAGGCGGAGCGAAUGUCAGUCAGAUUUCUGAAGCUCUGAGGAGAUACAGUGAGAGAGUAUGCUUUAUGAAGGAAGCCCUCAUCCGCCUCUUCACCCAGACAUUUUACAUGCAAAUAACCAAGCCAGCUGUUUUAAAGCUUGUGGCUGUCGGAAUGAGGAAUCACCCCCUGGACUUGCCUGUGCAGUUCACAGCCAGUGCAUGCACCCUCAAUUUAACCCGGCAGGGUCUGGCCAUGGGCAUGCCCGUUCGUUUGUUGUCAGAGGUCAUCCAUUUACUUCUCAAAGCUCUAAAAAAUUUCCCUAAUAACCAGCAGCUACAGAAGAAUUGUCUUCUUUCCUUGACCAAUGCCAGAAUUCUUCAGGAUGUCCCAUUUAACAGGUUUGAUGCUGCCAAGUUUGUUAUGAAAUGGCUCUGUAAACACGAAAACCCAAAUAUGCAGACGAUGGCAGUGAGCGUCAUCUCCAUUCUGGCCCUUCAGCUCUCUCCUGAACAGACGGCACAGCUGAAGUCAGAACUUUUCAUUGUUGUCAGGGAACUUUUAGCAAUAGUGAAACAGAAAACCUCUGAGAAUUUAGAAGAUAUCACUCUGACGUUUACCUUGAGAGCACUGUGGAACCUCACGGAUGAGUCCCCAGCCACCUGCAAGCACUUUGUUGAAAACCAAGGACUGGCCAUCUUUGUACAAGUCUUGGAGACUUUCCCCUUAGAAUCAACGAUACAGACCAGAGUUCUUGGCCUUUUGAACAAUGUUGCCGAAGUCAAGGAGUUAUCCUCUGAGCUGAUGGUGAGCAGCUUGAUGGGCCAUGUGAGCCGGUUACUCCACAGCGUGGAAAUGGAAGUGAGUUACUUUGCUGCAGGCAUCAUUUCCCAUCUCACUUCCUUGGGGGAGCAGGCGUGGACGCUGAGCAGCAUCCGGAGGAGAGUCCUUUUGGAUGACCUGUACACUACGGUGCUGAAGUGGCCCAGUCCGAGCUGUAAGAUGGUGGCGUUGGUGACUUACAGGUCCUUCAAAUCCUUUUUUCCGUUACUUAGCAACUUUGCGAUUUUUGAGGUUCAGCUUUGGGCGCUGUGGGCCAUGCAUCACGUCUGCAGCAAGAACCCUACCAAGUACUGCAGGAUGCUCAUCGAGGAGGGUGGGCUGCAGCUCUUGCAGGACAUCCGGGACCAGAGCCAGGCCGAGCCCCACGUGCAGCAGAUCGCCACGUCCAUCCUUGUAGACUUUCACAUGCAUUUUAUGAGCUACAAGAAGUCCCCCGGGUAUAAGAGGCCUCUGCAGACGUAAGGAGGCUCCCGUGGAGCUCUCACCCUCUGCCUUCUCACCUGCCUGCCUUCGAUUGAAUGUCUAAGGGAUGCUGCCUUUGAGUUUGUGAGUUGCCAGACAGCUUACCUUGAUCAUUGAUUGUCCAGGUUCACCGAGGGGUGGCUCAGCAUGGCUCCGGCACAGCCCGGAAUCGCUGUCUGAUGAUUCCGGGGCCGGGAAUGCCCUUCUGACCCUCGUGGCUGUUUGGAGGAAAGGGAGCCACUGGCUUUCUCUGCUGACAAACUCCUGAGCUGGAGCCAAAAGAAUAUUUUUGAAUGUUAUUGUUUAUUCUUUGCAAGGCCACGAUGGAAAGUGCCUGUUAAAAGGCUGUUGGUUUCCAGCCCACGUGGAGACUGAGGCUCGUUUCCCAGCUUCCGUUUGUUUGCUUGGUUGUCAGAGGGUGGGAGAGGGCCCAGGUGGCACCCAGGAGGGUGGGGGAAGUCCCAGGAGUAGUUGGGCAGGGACUUGGGCGGGGGACCCCACAUUUCACCUUAAAGGCCUGACUCCCAGGUCAUUCCGGGACUGGUCCUGGACUGAAGGGUCUUGGGGAAGUCACGGUAAAUAUGUCACUUUAGAAAAUAGGACCUAUGUUUGGUUUUCAUUUUUUAAUAAAUUUUUUUUUUAAAUAGCGUCUUGGUUUUAAAAAAAACAAAACAGAAGGGCCAAAGUCAACAAGGAACUAAUUGUUUCUUUUUAAGAUUUGGUGAUAUUUCAUCUUUGUUGAACUUUAAAGGCUGUGUUCAAUGAAGGACUCAGGUAGGAGAGCUGGGUCAAAGGGGGACUUGCUGCUUUAGAGAGGCUCGAGCUCCAGCCCUACCUCUCCUGACCGGCACUCUCAGCAAAUCCCCCAGUUUCUUGGAGCCUUAGUCUCCUCAUCUAUAAAAUGGGGACGUUUCUUGCAGUACCUACCUCACAAGGCUGUUGUGAAGAACAUUAAAGUGUUACAGAAAUG